UCAGUAACCAGAAGGGCCUCGGAUACUUGGGAAGCCCUGGCAGCCUAAGCCACCCUAGUCGGCAGCCAGGCAGCUUGCAAGUGCUGCAGACUUUCUUCUGCUUUCCCCUGACCUCACGGUCUUUCUACCCACUCUCCUGUUUCGUCUCCCCAGCUGACAAUUCAAGAGAUGGUGUACCUUUCCACGAAAUGGACUCUACGCCUGAGACCUUUCUUUAUGUGGAACUAAAACUCUCUCGGCUUCAGGGAUUUAUUUCACUGGUUCAUAAUCUGGUGAAGCUGCCCAGGAGCCAGAGCUAGGAUGAGUCAUGUGACAGUGGGAAAUACGCUCGGCGGUGUAGACAAGCAGUUUGCUGGUUUAGACCUGAACUCUUCUGAUCAUCAGAGUGGGGCAGAAAGCACAGCAAGCAAAGGACUUUAUAAACCUCCUCAUUUAAGAAACAGAGAGGCAUCCAAAGGGCUCUACCACAAGAAAAGUUCAGGAUGGAAUUGCAGUGAAGACAAGGAUGUGUAUAGCAGUUUUGGAUCUUGUGAUUCAAGAGGAAAGUCCAGUUACUUCAGUGAUCGUGGAAGUGGAUCAAGGGGAAGAUUUGAUGAUCGUGGACAGAGUGACUAUGGCGGUGUUGGCAGUUGUGACAGAACUGGGUUUGGCAAAUUUGAAAGUAGCGGAUAUAGUCGUUGGUGUGACAGAUCAGAUGAAGAUGAUUGGUCAAAACCUCUUCCUCCAAGUGAGCACUUAGAACAUGAACUCUUUUCAGAAGGAAAUACUGGGAUUAACUUUGAGAAAUAUGACGAUAUACCAGUAGAGGCAACUGGCAAUAACUGUCCUCCACAUAUUGAAAAUUUUAGCGAUGUUGAGAUGGGAGAAAUUAUCAUGGGAAACAUUAAACUUACUCGUUAUACUCGUCCUACUCCAGUGCAAAAACACGCAAUUCCUAUUAUCAAAGAAAAAAGGGACUUAAUGGCUUGUGCUCAAACAGGAUCUGGAAAAACUGCAGCAUUUCUUCUGCCAAUCCUGAGUCAAAUAUAUACACAUGGUCCAGGAGAGGCUUUAAAGGCUACAAAGGAAAGUAGAAGGUACAGGCAGCGCAAACAGUACCCAAUCUCCUUGGUGUUAGCCCCAACCAGAGAGUUGGCAGUGCAGAUCUACAAGGAAGCCAGAAAAUUUUCAUACCGAUCUAGAGUUCGUCCUUGUGUAGUUUAUGGUGGUGCUGAUAUUGGCCAACAGAUUCGAGACUUAGAACAUGGUUGCCACUUACUAGUUGCCACUCCAGGACGUCUGGAGGAUAUGAUGGAAAGAGGAAAAAUUGGAUUAGAUUUCUGCAAAUACUUAGUGUUGGAUGAAGCUGACAGGAUGUUGGAUAUGGGGUUUGAACCUCAGAUAAGACAUAUAGUUGAAAAAUAUACUAUGCCACCAAAGGGUGUCCGUCACACUAUGAUGUUUAGUGCUACUUUUCCUAAGGAGAUACAGAUGCUUGCUCGUGAUUUCUUGGAUGAAUACAUCUUUCUGGCUGUAGGCAGAGUAGGCUCUACUUCUGAGAACAUCACACAGCGAGUGGUUUGGGUGGAAGAGUUAGAGAAACGGUCAUUUCUACUUGAUCUCUUAGGUCCAACUGGAAAGGGUUCACUGACUUUAGUGUUUGUGGAGACUAAAAAGGGUGCAGAUUCUCUGGAGGAUUUCUUACACCAUGAAGGGUAUGCUUGUACCAGUAUUCAUGGAGACCGAUCACAAAGAGAUCGAGAGGAAGCACUUCAGCAGUUCCGCUCAGGGAAAACCCCAAUUCUUGUGGCCACAGCUGUGGCAGCAAGAGGUCUAGACAUUUCAAAUGUGAAACAUGUUAUCAACUUUGAUUUGCCAAGUGACAUUGAGGAAUAUGUGCAUCGCAUUGGCCGUACAGGACGUCUAGGAAAGCUUGGCCUUGCCACCUCAUUCUUUAACGAAAGAAAUGCAAAGAUUAUGAAGGAUUUAUUGGAUCUACUUAUUGAAGCUAAACAAGAAGUGCCAGCUUGGUUGGAAAAUAUGGCUUUUGAACACCGUUACAAGGGUAGCAGUCGUGGAUGUUCUAAGAGAUUCAGUGGGGGACUUGGUGCCAGAGAUUAUCGACAAAGUAGUGGUUCCAGCAGGUCUUGUUUUAGUAGUAAUCGUGCAAGCAGCAGCCACAGUGGUGGAGGUGGUCACAGCAAUAACAGAGGAUUUGGUGGAGCUGACUAUGGAGGCUUCUACAAUAGUGAUGGAUAUGGUGGAAAUUAUAACUCCUAGGGAAUUAACUGCUGGGGCAACUGAAUCUCCUUUACUACAGUCAUCAUCAUGUUGUACAACAUUUCCAAAAUGGAAUCCACCUGUAACUUAGCCAGACUAUAAUAUGUAGUAGCUUCAAGAACUUGCAGUACAUUACCACCUGUGAUUCUCCUGAAAAUUUCAAGAGAGCUCAAAGUCACAAGAAGAAAUCAACAAAACAACUACAUCCCUAUUCAGAAGUUGAAGACUUAGUUGCUGCUGCAUGAAUUAGCUUAGUGCCACCCAAAACUUCAUUUGUAAUUCUGUGAACUGAGGAUCAUUUGUUUGUUAAUGUACUGUAACUUUAACAGCUUAUUAUUUUGAUGUCCUGUUAGCUCAGUAAUGCUCAAAAUAUCAAUUGUUUGGACAAAAUAAAUAUACCGAACUUGGGCUACAAUUAAA